UGAAAACAGUGCAGCUUCUACUUCUCUGUCCACAUAUAUCAAGCUAGUGGUCAAGCAGGCUUCCGUACAGACGUCGAUCCAUAGGCCUUCGUUUUACCAACUCGCUUAUAUGUACAGGCAAUCGUUACUGCAUAAAGCAAUCAGCUAGGAUGUCUCUAGAACUACAGCCAGCCACUGAAGCCGACGCGCGCCGAUCAGCAGAGAUUGAAGGGGUGGCGUACGCCUCAAACUCGUUCAGCGAAAUUUUGUUUCCAGGGCCUCCUCCGCCGGAUGCAUUUGAUGGGAGAGCAAAAGGGCUAGUUGCCGAGUUACAUAACGAUGCUACGGUGCGAUGGUCCAAGGUUGUUGAUACCGACUUGCCUGAAGGCGAGCAGAUGAUCGCCUUUUCUAAAUGGCAUAUCCACGCCGAGCCGCCAAAGCCGACGCCUCUUCGUGAGUUCGGUCCCGGAUCCAACGCUGAGGCGUGUGAAUUGGUGUUCGGUGGCACUAUGAAGCAGAGGGCGCGUCUCUGGGGAGAUAGGCCACAUGUCUAUAUGGCACUCCUCCACACCGAUCCAAAACAGCAAGGCCGCGGUGCGGGAAGGAUGCUAGUACGGCAAGUUAUAGACGAGGCCCGUAGGCUUGGUCUGGUUGCCUACCUCCAAUCUUCCCCGGCGGGCCAUGAAAUGUACAAGAGAUGUGGCUUCCAUGACAUCGAAUGCCUAUCCACCGACUUAAGCAAAUGGGGAGCUAUGGAGACGCACUGUAUUUGGGCGAUGAUGUGUGAUCCGUCUAAUACCUAGUCUUUAGAUUGAUGUCGGCGCAAGAAAGACAUAUUUCAAGUCAACGAAUAAAUAUGAGAGAUCAGAUGUAGUUUUGAACAUAAUGAGUUGAGUUGUACGAGGACAACACAUAUGUACAUCUCCGAGUGGAGCCUAGAAAUGUCCGGAUACAUCAUCUCACUCGGAUCUUACCUGAGCACUCAUGGAUCUCAUCUCACCUUUAUCUUGCAUUUAAGUAUUUUGUGUCAAAUGAACAGAGA